CCGCGGCGCGGAGCUGUCUGUCCCUGGCGGGUGCUGAACACGGCGGCGCGAGAGCCAGGGCCGGAGCCCUCCUGGCCUCGCCCCGGCGCCCAGAGGAGAGGUACGCGGCGAAGGACGCCGAGGGGGAUGGGGGGAACCGGCGGCGACCCCGCGCCUCCGGCCUGAGCCCACCGCGCCCCGCACACAAAGCCGCGCUGCGGCCAUGGAAGAGGAACUGAAGUGCCCGGUGUGCGGCUCGCUGUUCCGGGAGCCCAUCAUCCUGCCCUGCUCGCACAAUGUCUGCCUGCCCUGCGCCCGCACCAUCGCCGUGCAGACCCCGGAAAGCGAGCAGCACCUACCGCCCUUGCUUCACCCGCGGAGUUCCAUGCCGCCUGCCACCGCCGCCGCUGCGCCGGGGCCGGGAGCGUCCGCGGGCUCCGCCGCCUGCCUGGACUCGGAGUGCGCGGCGGGCGGCGGCGGUGACCACGCGGACAAGCUGAGCCUGUACAGCGAGACCGACAGCGGCUAUGGCUCCUACGCGCCUAGCCUCAAGUCCCCCAACGGCGUGCGGGUGCUGCCGCUAGUGCCGGCACCACCAGGAUCAGCGGCGGCGCCGCGGGGAGCCGGCCCCGCCAGCUCCUCCCUCACCUGCCCGCAGUGCCACCGGAGUGCUUCCCUGGACCAGCGUGGGCUCCGCGGCUUCCAGCGCAACCGGCUGCUGGAGGCCAUCGUGCAGCGCUACCAGCAGGGCCGCGCCGCCGCCACGGCCAAAUGCCAGCUCUGCGACCGCAGUCCGCCCGAGCCGGCCGCGGUGCUGUGCGAACAGUGCGAGGUGCUGUACUGCGCUGCCUGCCAGCUCCGCUGCCACCCAGCCCGCGGGCCCUUCGCCAAGCACCGCCUGGUGCCCCCACCCGCACACCCGGGCGCCCCCGGCGGCGGCGGCGGCGGCGGCGACGGGGACGGGAAAGGGGCGGGCGGUGGCCGCAAGCUGCCGACGUGCGCCGAGCACGACCUGGAGAACUACAGUAUGUACUGCGUGAGCUGCCGCAGUCCCGUCUGCUACCAGUGCCUGGAGGAAGGCAAGCAUGGCAAGCACGAGGUGAAGGCCCUGGGCGCCAUGUGGAAGCAGCACAAGGCACAGCUGUCUCAGGCUUUAAAUGGUGUUUCAGAUAAAGCAAAAGAAGCUAAGGAAUUUCUGGUUCAAUUGAAAAAUUUAUUGCAGCAGAUCCAGGAGAACGGGUUGGAUUAUGAAGCCUGUCUUGUCGCUCAAUGUGAUGCCUUGGUUGAUGCAUUAACACGACAGAAGGCAAAACUGCUCACAAAGGUGACCAAAGAACGUGAGCACAAGCUGAAGGUUGUUUGGGACCAGAUAAAUCACUGCACACUGAAGCUACGCCAGUCAACGGGGCUUAUGGAGUACUGCCUAGAAGUUAUCAAAGAAAAUGAUCCCUCUGGGUUUUUACAGAUUUCGGAUGCUUUAAUCAAGCGUGUUCAGGUAUCUCAGGAACAGUGGGUCAAAGGAGCCUUGGAGCCAAAAGUAUCUGCUGAGUUUGACUUGACUCUGGAUAGCGAACCUUUACUGCAGUCAAUUCACCAGCUGGAUUUUAUACAGAUGAAAUGUAGGGUUCCUCUUACAGUGCCACCCGUCCCAUUGCUGCAGCUGGAGAAGUGUUGCACCAGAAACAACAGUGUGACAUUGGCCUGGAGGAUGCCACCUUUGAGCCACAACCCGGUGGAGGGUUAUAUCUUGGAACUUGAUGACGGAGAUGGUGGCCAGUUCCGAGAAGUAUAUGUUGGGAAGGAGACUCUCUGCACCAUUGAUGGCCUUCAUUUCAACAGUACCUAUAAUGCAAGAGUAAAAGCUUUCAACUCAUCAGGAGUUGGUCCUUACAGCAAGACAGUUAUUUUACAGACAUCAGAUGUGGCAUGGUUCACCUUUGACCCCUCCUCAGCGCACAGAGACAUAGUGCUGUCGAAUGACAACCAGACUGCCACCUGCAACAGCUAUGAUGACCGGGUUGUGCUUGGCACAGCAGCCUUCUCCAAAGGCGUGCAUUACUGGGAACUGCACGUGGACCGAUAUGACAACCAUCCAGAUCCAGCCUUUGGUAUUGCCAGGAUUAAUGUUGUCAAGGACAUGAUGCUAGGCAAGGAUGACAAGGCAUGGGCCAUGUACGUUGACAACAACCGCAGCUGGUUCAUGCAUUGCAAUUCUCACACCAAUCGGACUGAAGGAGGAGUUUCUAAAGGUGCUACUGUUGGUGUGCUCCUGGAUCUGAACAAGCACAGCCUCACCUUUUACAUAAAUGGGCAGCAGCAAGGACCUCCAGCAUUUGAAAACGUCGAGGGUGUCUUCAUGCCUGCAUUAAGCCUCAAUCGAAAUGUCCAGGUGACUCUGCACACAGGACUGGCGGUGCCACAAUGUGUAAAACAGCCCAAGCUGCCCAGCAACUAGUGAGGCCCCUGCCCAAUCCUGUGCUGGAUUCUGUAAGCUUUCCCAGUGUGAUUUGACACUUUUCAGUAAAUCAGUAAAAAAGCAUUCUCUUCCCUGACGUAGAACAUUGUACAGCACGUUGCUCACCGAAUUGUCUACUGGUUACAUCUAACCCACUCCAUUUUGAACAGCCAUAGCAAGCAUACCCACUGAACUGGCACUUGAUUGCGGAUGGGUACCUGAAC